AUGCAAUCCCUUUCGAAAGCCAAAAGAAAUAAUGUUGAAAAGUGGAUUGCACAAAAUUAUUGCUUAGAGGAAAAACUGACAUCGGAGGAGAAGUACAAUGUAAUCUACAAACAGAAAUUUAAACUUGACAAAAACCUGAACUUUGAGCACGAUGAUAAAGAGAACACAAUUGAAAAUGGACCAAAAAUCACAAAGUCGCAGCCCAGUAAGGAGAGUUUGAGUGCCCCAAAAGUGGAGGAAGAACAGUCUAUUCCUAUAACUCUGGUAUUGGAGUGCAAGCAAACAGAAAUAUGGAUUCCAUUUUCAAAAGUCACAGAUCCACUUUUAAGGCCUCAAGUGUUUCGGCAUCAUCAAAUCAAACUUGAGGAAUCUGAAAACAACCAAGAAUACAACAUCACGGAAAAUUUUUGCUGUCCUCCAAGUCCACAUGAGGAGGAAAUAAAAGAAAUACAUCGAAAUUCUGGAAAGUGGAUUAGGCAAUCCAGCUUAAAACCCAGAUUUCAAAGAUGCCGACGAGACACCGAGAGUGAGUUUGCUUUAUGCAGACUUUGCCCGCACAAGAAAUGGAUUCCGACUUUAUGGUUUGAACAACAUAUGGCAUUGGCACAUGGUAUUCUGGCGUUUAAGGAUUAUAGUGAAUCAGUAACAACUGUCGCAUUGCCAGAACCCAAGGGUCUUUUUUGUAUUCAUCAAACAAAGAAUUUCAAGAGGUAUUAUUGUCAGUGCCCCAAUUGCAGAAAAUGGAUAAGGUUGGGAUUUCCCGAAUUAGUGAGGACUUUUCCAAAGUCUGCACACAAACCAAGGUUAACUAUAGGAUAUAAACAGCGGAUCAACUCGGGCCUUUACACAAAUUACUUUAUACAUUGGAUGCGAUGCCUUAGCCAAAAAGAUAUGCAUGCAUUUCUUGCCCAGCAAUGCUGA